AUGUCUAUUCAUUCCGUUAAGCGUGAAAGACUGUUUUUAAUUGCCGUGAAUCGUGAACGAAAUAACUCGUGAUCCGUGAACAAAAAUGAUCCCGUGAUUCGUGAAAUGAAUAAUUUACUUCUCGAGAUUCGUGACCAUGGUCAAUAUAUAUAGCUAGUUUUUCUUGAAAUAUUCAACGUAAGCUUUUAAUGUCAACAAAGAUGAACAAACAGCCACUCUCCUCCUAGACAUUAUAUCUAGUCGUCACAUGAUCAAAUGACUCGCACGCAUAACUCCUUCAAAAGGUGCGAGGGAAAAUCUAAGCACGAACAGUGAGGGAAGCGUUUUCCAAGUUUUGUACGGCGCUGGUAACUGUAACGUAGCCAACAGUUACAAGCGCCGUACAAACGACUUAUUGACGAGAUGAAGCAAAACUAACUACGAGAGAACCACUGGAGAACUGACAAUUUGACUAACAAUAGGCGAUUGUUUAACUGUGACAAUGGACGGAUCGAAACGCUACUUCUUGUUUUGUUAUUAAUGGUGUCUUUAACGUAAUAGAACAAGUUUUGUAUUCUGUAAUGCUGGCAAUUUUGAGUUUAGCAAGAGAUCACAUAUGACGUCAAAGUGUGGUAAAAACAAAGACGUGGCACACCUGCCGCAGGCGAGUGUGUCACGCAGAUAUUUUUACCACAUUUUCCGUCUUUUGUGAUCUAUACAUGGAAUCCAUUUGUUUUAAACAACGAAGAGGGAAGAAAACGACAUACUCAUACACUGACACACGGUGGCAAUUAUUGUGAAGAUUUCUUGUAGUUUAGGAAUUCUCAACAAGUUGUCAAGUUCUCUUUUUGUCUCCGAUUCUCCAUUUUCCUCCUUUGUAAAUAGCUCCUGCUAAAAUCUUCUGGAGGAUUGCACCUGCUGAAUUCGAAAUAAUCUCACAAACAUUUUCAUAACCGCGUGCCAUGUUGAAGAAAACGGCAAAGAAAACAAGAUUCCCUUAACGUCAUCCUUGGGUCUGUACUCUAAUAAAUCAUGGGCAACGACUAAUCACGUCACGCGAGGCAUUUACAUCAUUGUGUAACUUCACAUCUUUACCUCUUUUCUGCAGGAUUGGAUGGCUUUUAUCAAAUUGAAGACUGACAAUUUCACCUUGACUAACAGUCUCGUGUUUACAAACAACAACUCACCAUCAAAUAAACAAGACAACAACGCUGUCUGUCAGGUAUAUUGUCAUGUUUAAUGGUUUCCAGCAUUGACCACCCUUGCUUUCCUCUUUCCUCUCCUUGUUUUUGUCAUUCAAAUUAUGGAUUAACUUAUAUCUUUGAAUAAUUGUAUCCUUUCAACAGAAAGUCUCAUUUUCCACUUGUAAAGUUGGUAGGAGGACUGAAUCAGAAAAUGGUUGUUAAUAUUUUAUACUUUUUCUUGGAAAGAAGCUAUUUAUUUCAAAUGAGAUUUAAGAUCAUUUACUUCGUACUGUUUUCAGAAAGUUAAGUUCCAGGAUGUCUUUUAUGCCCCUCCAGUUGUAGUGGUGUCUCCAAGACUUGGUUACAAUAACAACAAAUCACGUUUCUCAGGAUCCGAACCAUGCAAAGCAGUUACUGCCUGGGUUGAGGUUAGAAACAUAUAGUCCCCCUACUCUUCGUGUGGUUGUAAUGAGGAGAAUUUGUUUAAAAGUCAAUAAAUUAUUCCUUUGAUCGUUGCCAUUUUACUCACGUUAAAAACUUAGAUGGGGUUAAUAUUACUAAUUUAACUAGUUUCUCAUUUUCAUAUGAAUAGGGCAAAUAGCGUUCCUUACAAAAAGUUUCUGCAGACUUGUCAGAUGAAAACAGACUUUUUCAUACUUUAGUUUUUUUACUUGUUUGGUUCUUUCAAAAGGAAGGACUUAGAAGUUUUAGUCCCAUAGGUUUUUAACAAUUGUUAUAUGGGAAUUGUUACUCUACUUGCAUUAAACCUAAUCUUUUACCAUCAAUAAAUCGACUAGUCAGUUGAAUUUGAAAAAUGUAUUGUUCAGUAUUACGUUUAGUGCAACAAAAUGUUAUAUUAUGUUAUCUUAUGUUUUUCGCUGUUUUGGAAUAUGCUUAGCAUACAUCUACAAACGAAACAGAAGUGUGUGUGAGAAGCUACAACAAUGAUGCCAACGAUAAGGAUAUCAUAAAGGUCGAUUACAUUGUAGUUGGAGGUACGUAAUAUAUUAUGCAACGUAAAAUGAGGAAACAGCAAUGACUUUUAACUGUAGACAAUCACGGUGCUCUCUAAUAGUGAUUAACUGUACAAUACUAAAAUGCAUACGUUUCGAUCAAAUUUUAGUCUAAAUUAAAGUUCUUUUCCUUUGUUGCAAAUCAUUCAGAUUAUACAUUACCAGGCCCCAAAACAAAAUAAAGUGAAAUUAAAAGCUAGGUUAAAAUUCAGCAAUAUACGACAUAUAUGGAACUGAGCGCUCAUGUGCUUUAUGCUGUGUUCACUUUAUACCGGAUAGCCUUUCAUGGCGCCACGAGAAGCUGUCCGGUGUAGUGAAUCCUACAUGUAUCCAACAUGUGACUCUACACUUUUCGUCCGGUGGCUUAGUGCAAAAUUUUAGCGAAAUCUAUACAGAGCGGACAAAAGCACCAAACUUUGCAUGGUUGUAGCUUAGGGCAUGUCAGUCAAUAUUAGGAUCGGUGCCCACAGCUACCUCUUCAGGAUUUGCAGCAACUGCUCGCUGAAGUUCUUCAACAACCUUCCAUGAUGGGUGCCCUGUGCUGGCGCCACGAGAAGCUAUCUGGUACAGUGUGAACACCUACAUGUAUCCGACAUGUGUCUCUCCACUUUAGAGAUCGGCGAGGCACAUCCUCUCUUUGUCACAGAAAUCACUCCGCCACAACCGCUUUUUUAUGUGAAUAGAAGCCCUCUCCGAUAAGAUUUUCGUCGCGGCGCACAUGUUAUCCGGUAUACUGUGAACAUAGCCUUAACCGUUACCCAGUUCCCUGAUAACUCAAUAUUCCAGGCUGUUUUAUCUAUUGACAAAUUCGAAAUGAAUGAAUCUGAAAUGAUGCACUCUGAUUCCAACACUUGUAUGUUUGUCUUUUAGACUUGGAUCCUUGUAUAGAUGUAACAUGUCAUUAUCACAGCCUGUGUAAGGCUUUUGGACCUAAUGAUGCACGCUGUGUGUGUUUGGACAGCUGUCCGACUUACAAAGAACCCGUAUGUUCAUCCAAUGGCACUACGUACGACAACAAAUGUCUGUUUGAACAGGAAGUUUGUCUCAAUCGACUAAACUUUACCGUACAACAUCCUGGCAGCUGUGAAGGUCAGCAGUUUAUUGCCUUUUUAUUGGUCAGAGGCACCUUUUCACUGAAUUCUGUUAGUCUUUGGAGUAAUAGAAAAAUUUUCUUUUACUUCAUUUCUGUUUACUUUUCCAAUAUUUUGGGGGUAAAGUUGUUGCGUCAACAAGGGAUUUAACUUUAUUACUGUAAACCAAAUAACUAAUCUUUACAACUCGUUUUUAGGAUUUCCUUUUUAGCAUGGUCGCCUUCACAUGGCCCAAAUUCCAUCUCUGGGUUAUUCUCAUUGUCAAGUAAUUCGUUUCAAGCCUUUUGUAUUUUACCCUGACAAACCCAUUGAACUGCAGAUCACUGUAAAUCAUAUUGAUACCAGUGACAAAUCCUAUGUCCAUGACGCGGCAGUAUCGUGGAUUGAAGAUGUGAAUAACGACGGAUUCACUGCCUGUGUGAUAGCAGCUGGAUAUAACGAAAGGAAGUCUUAUGCUAACGUGACAGUUGAUUGGAUGGCGUAUCAAGGUGCUCCAGUGGGUGGCGUGACUGGUGAACUGCGCAUGUCACAGUGGUGGACAGGGACGAUUUGCGCAACUGUGAGAUUUCCCACCGUAAGAUGCCUUGUUUGUUUAUCUUAAUGCUUUGUUUUCCUAAGCGUCUAAAUACACAUCAUAAAAUCAUUCAGUUUGACUUUAAAACGAAACUUUCAGGGUGCUCUGUUGUUGGGAAUACACGCUUUGAAAAGACAACAAUAUCAACAUAAAGUGACCGUUCUAUUUUCUCUCAAUAACCACUGAAAUCUAGUUAUGUGGUUUCGAAGGAGUGAAACAAGACGUUCAAACUGCCACUUUUAAUCACUUUCCUGAAUCUACGAAAAUCGCUGUUCUUGCUUCGAAUCGAUAAUAAAAUAAAUAAAUACAUGAAUAAAUAAGAAGAGGUCAUAAUAAGUGUAAAUGAAGAGUAUGCCAAGCAUUUUAUCAGAAUGACGACUAUUCUAUGCUAUUUCUCAGGGGAAAUUUUCUGCCAAACCUUCAGUCUUUGUGACGUCAAAGCAUUACAACCCAGGACUAAAGCGUAACGCUGCUAGUGUAUGGAUUGAAGAUUUGACGAAAUCAUCAUGUAAAAUUUGUAUGAGAGAACUGCAGAAUUAUGCUGGAUCACACCGAGAUAUUUUUGUUGUAAGUAUAUAUAGUGUAUCGUUAUUUUAAGUGUCAAACAUGGAUCAUACAUUGGGCUGCCAAAAUGCCAAAGCUUUGACUCUGGCUCUGGCUUAGGCAAAAGGUAAUACUACAAAUGCUUUGAAAAGAACAGCCCAUCGUUUUCAUACUGGUUGAGCAACUCUGCAAUUAUUAUGUAUGUUCCAGUACAAAAUAAUCCACAAUAUUUUACCGUAUCGCAGCAAAUUAUUCAAACUCCCCGCUUUGCGUUCAUUGUAACUCUUUAGACACACUUCCCCAUAUGCUAGUGAAUUGUACCGAAAUUAACAGUUUCUGAGCAAAAAUAAUCUCGUGGUGGAAUCAUCAAAGCGGAGACUGUUACCUUGUAGAUGAAUUAAGCAUACUUUAUGGUUACUAUCCAGAAGACAAAAGAACUCUAAUUUUCAAUUAUUUUAUUUUACUGGGAAGGAGACACAUUUUUACUCAGAAAUCCGAACAGAAGACCCCUAACAUCGACCUGUUUUUUGAUUUUGUUAAAGGAAAGCUAAUUGUACAUAGAUGUAUAUUCCAAUCCAAAGGGCUAAUUAACAAGUUUCUCUCUCUAUGGAAACCUCUCCUGUGCUUACGAUAAGUUUUAAUUAUAUAUUAAUCACCAUGGCUCUUUUGUGUAAAGUAGUGUAAUGUAUUUAAUUAUUUAUUCAAUGCUUUGUUUUGUAAUACUUUUUAAUGUUUGCAAUAAAGUGUUGAAGCAUUGAAAAUAACAAUAAUAAAAAAACUCUGCAAAUUCGUCUUAGAAUUAGUUAUCAAAAAGCACAAAUUACAUUUCAACAUUCUUUACCUUCACACCUCAUGGCCGUUGUUUUUUUUAUUAUUUAUUUAUGUAUGCAUGCCGGUCGAUUAACCAGAAAUAACGCGUUUUUGAUUUUACUUUCAGAAUUGGCUGGCCUUUUCAGAUCUUCCCAACCCUCCCUUUUCAGAACAUAAUGCGAUCUACUUUGCAAAUGAUAAACCUCCCAACAGCAGACAUUAUAAUGCAUUUUGCAAGGUCAGUAUCAGCGUUUGAGUUUGAAUCCAAAUGUCAGUGAAAAACCUUUUUUUACCAUCUGAUGGUAGUUAUCAAAUUUUACUUUCAGACCAUUGUGUUUAACCUGUAAUAUCAUUGGUGACGAAUUACUCCUUAAUUUUGGCUCGAAAUUUCAGCAUUAAUUUGUAAUUUCACAUGUGAAAUUACUUAAUUGCCAUGGCGACGAAGUUUUAAAAUGUCAUGAAUGAAGAUGUCAGGGCAUAAAAAGACGCUUUAGAAAACCUGAACACACGAAAGAGCACUUCAAGAAGGAUUCUUAGAGGUAUGUUGUCGAAAAAUUCUGAAAACGUAAGCCAAAUUUCACCUCUAAACAUUUGAGAGAGUGGAGUUCACGAUCGAUCGAUACGAUCCAGGAUAAACAAGUCAAAAAUCCUCGAUUGCUAAGGUAAUUCGUCACCCAUGAUAUUAAUAGGUAAUCAAAUGGUAUACUCGUGAAAUUAGGGAAUAAUUUCACUCGUCACCAUUUGAUUACACAUACUAAUAGCUGCCUUAGCAAUGUACACAAUACGGACAAUUCCACAGGUCACACAUUCGCUACUUCUAUACCUCAGUCACCUCUAUGAUGGAGUCUGUCCAUUUGGUGUCUGUAUGCAUUGAAUAGUUUUAAGAAUUAAAUGUAAAUAUUCUGUCAAAAGAGAAUGAUAGAGCAAAAGCAUAAAACCCAUUUGAAUGGCAAUUUCACGUUAUCAAAGGUUUAAAGUCUAGUUGCAGCCUAUGUUUCAAAAAGCUUCUUGUGCCGAGUUCAGUGAAUGACCUUCGAAAUAACGUUGACCUCAAAAUCUCUUUCGUCUUACUGUAUUUGUCUGACAGAUUUUAGCUUCUCAGUUUGGAAGUGUACUUUUUAUAGUGCCAGCCCAGUUUAUUAUGAACAUCGAUAUGGCAUGCUUUUCCCAAAAUUUUAAAUGCAAAUGUAAGAAUUAGUUAAUUCACUAUUAUGUCGAAAUCGUCAGGAAAACCAAAAACCUCCUUUUUCCAAGGUGUAGAGCAAAGCCUUAGUAAUCAAAAUCAACAUUCUCAAAUUUCAGUUUAUUUCCUUCUUACCCUUCUAUAGUCAAGGGCACUUUAAGGUAGUAUCUGUAAACAGUAAAAUAAAAUUGAGCUAUCCAGACUGUUACCAGAGGAUUCUAUAAUGCAAUAAAAAAAACUGUUGGAUUUGGAAGUAGACUAUACCUUGGUAACAAUUCCCCUUCAAGUUGAAAUAUUUUCUUUAUCUUUUUUAGGAAGCAAUCUUUGCCAAAAGUUAUAACACAACGCCACACAUCUUCGUUUCUGCUUUGCAUUCAACAAAAGGAGGGAAUCAAAGUCCAGUUCAUAACAGCAUAGCCGCCUGGGUAGAGGUUGGUAACUGGUGAUUUCAGGAUAUCAAAUAGGCCAAUUGGACUAAGAGGUCAUGUGAAAUCAUUUUUAUGGAAAUGAAAGUUAUAAUUUUGCCUUCAAAAAACCAUUAGUGGGUAAUAUCUUAACCAAAAUAAUAGUGAUUUAGUUUUUCAAACCCGCACCAUUUUCUUAAAAUGAGUAAGUUCGUAGCUGGUCAGGUGACCAAAAUGUUAUUUUUGAAACUAUGAAUUACCUCUUUCUGAACAGAAAUUUUGCUCCUAAACUUGCUGAAAAGGUGAUGUGGUAACGUUAACAGCACAUCUGAGCGUAACUAUCAAACGUUUAACAAGAUACAAGAAAAAAGUAGUUUUGGCCGCCAGGUUGGAGGGCAAGAGUAUGACCUCCAACAUUGCAGCCAGUACCAUAUAUACUACUUUGUUGAAAAAUCAUUAAACUUGCUGAAAAGAUGAUGUGGUAACGUUAACAGCACAUCUGAGCGUAACUAUCAAACGUUUAACAAGAUACAAGAAAAAAGUAGUUUUGGCCGCCAGGUUGGAGGGCAAGAGUAUGACCUCCAACAUUGCAGCCAGUACCAUAUAUACUACUUUGUUGAAAAAUCAAAGUGCCAUAAAAUAUCUCCCUUAAAUGCGUUUCCUCUCAAAUGUCGGGUGUACGAUAAUUUUUAUGCGCUCUGUCAAUUUUUUGUCGUCAGCAGGAUUCCAAGUCAUUGUUUAAAGGAAGCAUUGGUCACGCGAACUCUUACUGCAAGUGGCCUAAUUUCGUAUUAAAUUAUGAGUAGUAUAGUAGGGACCGAAUUAACCUUUAUUGGCGGACGAAUCUCAUUACUCUGCCAAGGAUAUCUAUAGACACCGAUGACGUUAUGCCUUUUUGUCUUUAUUAGUUGACUGGUAACAUGUAAAUAAUAGUAAUAAUAAUAACUAUUAUAAUCAUAAUCAUAAUCAUAAUCAUAACAUAUUCAACCGGGGUAAACCUGUCAGCGAAAGCUGUUAUAAAUAGAGAGAACAAUACCAAUUUCUUCACCGAUGCAUACAGACAACUACAACAAAUAAAGAUAAAAAUAACUGGUUAGAGCUGGAUACUGGUGCUUGGGCACCAGUGAAAAAAUGCCUUUCUUAGCAGAUUCUGUGCGUACUGUAGGAAUUGAAUUAUCUAAAGAUAGAUAGAAUCUCAUUAAGAUAGGUGGUGUGCCAUUUUAAGGUGGUUUAAUCGGUUUUAGACUGGAGCUUUCUAGAUGUUAUUAGGGAAACAAAUGCGUUUCUUUUUAAUUGGUUGACUAAAAAGUAAGUUAAGUAUUCAUUUGUUGAUACAUGCUGUCAAAGUAAUAAGCGCUAGUCCCCCUUUGACAUGAAAUCACUAAGCAAGUAUCCAGUUCUAUUUCCUGCUGCUUUCAUUGCCCAAUGUUUUUUUCCAGUUCAGGUUCUCUGAUUCUUGGCGAGCAAAUCGUGCAUAUUGAUGAGUUCAGAGACCAACUAGCUCUUUCUAAUAAUAAAGCAAAUUUUCAAUUUACCCUAGUUCCCCUCUUCUUCUCCACAAUUCAGUUUUUUCGCUUCACCUUCCUUUUUUUCAUUUUUCUUACACCACGAAAACCACCACCACAGCCUCCACAAGCACAUUUUUAUUGUUUUCCCGAGUCCUCCUCCACCACCACCACCUUUUUGUUGUUUUCCCGAGUCCUCCACCAGCACCACUGCCACCACCAAUUUUCUAUUGUUUUCCCUCCCUCACCUCCCCAUUUCUAUUGUUUUCCCUACUCCACCACCACAAUGCACAUCUUAGUACUAAUGUUUAGUGCUUUUACAUGUACAGUAUAUUAGCAGGAAAGGCUUUCGGGUUUGUGUCAAAGAACUGUAUGAGGCAAAAUACGACCCACUCUUCAUAUCCUACAUAGUUUUGUCAGGUAAGAACUUUACUACAAAAAAAGAUUUUUUACGGUAUAUCUUUCUUUAUCGUCUCUUAUUUGUGACUCAAUGCCGUGAUUUAUAGCGGGGCUCCCGCGCGCGCGAAGCGCGCGUGGGACAGAGCCCCAUACCCAUGGAAUAUGGUCAACCUCUUUUCGUUUGGUUGUCACGUGAUUGACCGAGCGUACGUACGUACGUACGCGUCUACAGAUUGUAUGGGUGGGGUAGGGGAGACUAUCAAAAGGAAGGGAGGGGUGUCUCAGGCGUGUCUUGGCAAGCCCACAUCUUUAAUAUAGGACAUUAACAAUAUGGUCAAUUGACAGCUGUCCAAACAGGAUAGCCACUGACCAGUAUCCCAUGACCAUAUCGCCGGCUCAUGUGUCAACUCAUCGAGGUGACGUGAUUUAUUUGGAAGCUGUCCGCUGACCGGUUAACUGUUUUACUAGAUCGCGAACAACGUUCAAUCUCAUACUUUUACUAGUUUGGGAGCACAGGAAAACUGAUAAUGCACACAUAUUGGACAUCAAUGUUUUGAUCAAUUGACAGCUGUCAAAACAGAGUACCAGCUGACCAGUAUCACUUGACCGUAUCGCGCGCUCAGGUGUCGACCCGUCGAGGUCAAGUAUUUUUUGAAGUUAUCCGCUGACAAGUAAACUAGUUUUCAAGUGAUCGCAGGCUCAAGUUCAAUUUUUUUUCUUAAUUCAUAUGAAAUAUGUUGUGUUUAUGUGCUGCACAAUUAAAAUUUUGAUUGCAAACUGACCUCGGACGUGAAAAUUCAGCCAGCUGUUACAGGCAGGGAAGACAGUUGCUUUUGUUUUUUUCUCACAAUGGUCACGCGUUGGUCACGCUCUACGUCCAAUUUUUUAUGCUCUGAUUGGUCAAAAUUUGACAUGUGAGUUCAUGCGCAAAAUUUAUGCAGCAUCUUGAAUCUUGUUUACUUUAACAGCUGAAGCUGACAGAGUUUUGUGUCAACUUGUGAUGUUUUUAACUGUCUUUUUCCACUGGAUGUACAAAAUGAAAUUCAGCUGCUAUCAGGAGUCUUCUGUUACUCAUGGCUAGUUUGUUUAUUGGGUUUUUGGUUGAGAAAACGUCGCUUGUCAAAGUCGGAAAUCCGAUUUCGGAUGGCAUCGUUUUCGUUUUCACCUUGCUUGAUGCGUAAGAGGAUCGCAAAGUCUGAAGCGAUACUGGCUUUACCUGAUAACUUUGAGGAGCUGCAUCUCGAAUGGUAAGCCAGAGAAAUUAUUGUAUUUCAUGUUUGUUUUUUGUAUCUAAUUUAAUGAAGUGGAGCGUAGUUUAUGCGGGAAUUUAGUUUAUGCGCGUUUGUAAGUUUUGAGACAACGAUCUCACCGAGUAUCUGGUUUGAUAUAAUCUUACAGAACUUUAAAAAGCCUUUAGACAGUUUCUCACCGCAAAUAGAAAGAAAAUGUUCCAAAGAAUCUUUAGUUAUAAUUCUAGCCGGAAAAGAAAGCUUUGAGCGAUUUUCUUGCCUCGAGUUCGUCUUUGAAAAAACAAACACCGGGAAGCUGGCUUAAAACAUAGACUUCAGCAAACUUAAGCUUGAAGCUUGAAGACUCAGGAUAUUUAGGGACACUUUAAUACUUGUCUUCCUGAAUGAAAAUUGUUGUCUCUGUUUAUGUUUCACCGAAUUAUAUUUCUUUUAUUGAUUGUUGGUAGUCUCUCUUGCAAUUUUAAUCGCUAUGCCGAUUGUUUUCAGUCGUUCAGUGAACAUCGCUUGCAGGAGUUCUCAAAAUGCCGCGCGUUAAACCAUCAAAUAAAAAAUAAACAUGAUAAAUUCUUUAUUAUCUUGGAGCGUAACUCUGUUAAUGUUCAUUCAAACACUCGCUACAGCUCGCACUACAAAAGUGAGAACCGGAUGGCCGUAUAGGUGAUUUUGGAAAAUUUUUUAACAGUUUAUGAAUAUUGAAUGAGAGCAAUUUGUAUUGUGAAAUACUGCUUUCUGUCCAUGGUAUAAAAGGUUGGUUUACACGCACCCAGAUUUGUUGGCAAGAUUUUGCAAAGUAAACUUGUCGAACGCCAAAACGUUGGCCUGAUUUUUUUUAAGCCUAAUUGAUCUACGGUGAUCAAUAGCCAUUACGGCUCUUAAAUGUGAUAAAAGAUGAUUACCAGUUUUUGAGCGUACAUAUGAGGCUAUCAACUCGAUGUAAGAUUUGGUUCACUCUUGGGCUGUUUGCAAAUUAUUUUUCUCUAAAAUCAGGUAGCCUUUCCCUCAAACGUCACAUAAAUGUGCUCUAAAGUUAACUGAAUUGUGGAAUUCGAAUACAAGUUUAUUGUUUAAUUUAAAUUAUAAAUUUACUAAUGGGAGCCUCGCUUUUAGCCCUGGCUAAAUCUAUAUAUUACGCACAGACAUCUGUCCAGAUGGAUGGGAUUACUUCAAUGGAUACUGCUAUUUAACGAGCUCUGUAUGUGCACCUUGGGUGACUGCAGUGUCCAACUGUUCAGCUAUGAACUCACAUCUGGUAACAGUGCACAACCAAGAGGAAAAUGUCUACAUACAGCACCGUCACAAUGGAGAGCGAUCAUGGAUUGGCCUUAAUGACCGAAGCGUCGAGGGAUCGUUUGUCUGGACAAACAAGGAAAUAUCCAGUUUUCAGUUCUGGGCUCCGCAACAACCAAACAACUUGAAAAACGAAGACUGUGUCCACACCCUUGGUGCGAAAGAUGGCUACUCUUGGAACGACGUGUCAUGUGAUAACUGCCAUAACUAUACUUGUGUUAAAGGCAAGUUUUGAGUUGCCAUAGAGAUACUAAAAAUCGAAACAUUUAAUUUGUUACCAAUAACGUGGUUUGAAGAUCACUUCUGCAGUAGUGAGUUUUAAUGAUUAUUUUGUCGCCGUGUUGUUGAUCAGAGUUUUAUAAAGUCUGCAUUUUUUGUAGCUCUCUCCCAGGCAGUAGUCUUAAUAUUUAGGUAAAGGUAACCCCUGUACUUAUCACUCUCAGUUAUUCCAAAAAAAUUUCCUCAUGUGUAUGCUUUUACUGCUACCAAGUAAGAUCACGGUGAUAAAAUGGUCUUCAUUGACUUUUGUUGUCUACUGCAGAAAUUGACGAAUGCAUCAGCAAUUAUCAUAGGUGUGAUCCAAACGCUGCUUGUCAGAAUACCGUGGGCUCAUACAUUUGCACUUGCAAAGCUGGAUUCUAUGGAAACGGAAAAAAGUGCUUUGGUAACUAUUACAGCCCUUAUUAUGUUUUCCUGACAUAGCAUCCUUCUGGACUGGUUAUACAUUUAGUGUACUAUAUUUUGUUGUAAAACUUGUCCUUUGUUUAAACUGUAUUUUCUUUUGUUUCAUACACAUUUUCAUACCUUGCUAUACCCUAAAACAAACCCAUGGCUAAAAUUAAGGCACAACAGAUAUAGUUAGUUGUCUUAGUUAGGAUUCAUCACUGACUACAUAUGUUGUCCUUAUUCCCUCCGUCAUUAGAUAUAAAUGAAUGCAGAAACAAAUCCCAUACCUGUGAUGUGAAUGCAGUUUGUACCAAUACUCAAGGGUCGUACAACUGCACCUGCAAAGCCGGAUACUCAGGAGAUGGAAAGAAAUGCAUUGGUAUAGAGUAUUCCUUAUUAGUAAAAUCCAGCUAAUGGUUUAUUAUCAAUGCUGCGUUCUGAUUGGUCGAGCUACUACUAGGCUUUAUGUUAUAGCCCACUAGUAGCGAAAAGCGCCGGCUUUGAAAACCAAAACAAUGGCGGCUGAAUCGCGUUUUUGCUAGCUAAAGUUGUUCUGUCUUGAUAUUUUUGACCAAUUAGUUAGAUUUUACUAGAACAAUAAUUCCUCUCGCCCUAAUGUCCUCUGAGUCAAUAGCCCAUUCGGCCUUUGACCUCAUGGGCAAAUGAAUUGAAUGGUUUACCCAAUCAUAUUAGAGAAUCAAACAGUAUUGCAACUUUUAAAAAAAUGUUUAAAGCUUUAUUAAGGAUAACUAGAACAUUUCUAUUUCUAUUUGUAUAUCUUUUUCUUACAUUUUAAUUAGUGGGGGGCAUCCCUAGUAUGCCGCAUUGGCGCUUUUGGUUGUCUCCUUCUCCACAGCUUUUUUUUUUCUUAUAGUAGUGUUAGCUUAUAUCUUUUCAUUAUUUGCUUGUAAUGUAGUGGAGUGAAUCUGUAAUAAAUAAAUAAAAGAACCCAUUCGGGCUCGAGGAAUGAUUGUUAUAUUGAUGGUGUUCCAUAAUGUAACCGAAUUACAGACAUAACAGUCCAGCCAAGUCAAGCUCGCCACACAAGAUUCAAUAAUGAAUUGAUUACAGUCCUUACAGGAAAAUGAAUCCGUUGUAGUUGUAGAUUUCAGUCUCAUCUUUGCAGUUCCUUUAUAUGCGUAUUAAGGAGUAUUGUAGAUGCUUAAAUGGACUUGCACCUCCAUAUCUUUGUCAGAAGUUUAAAACCAGAUCGGAAGUGCACAACUGCAACACUAGGAAUAGGGACCGCCUACAUAUACCACUCUGUAGGACGGCUGCUGGUCAGCGCGCGUUUACCUUUAAGAGGCCAAAAGCUGUGGAAUAGUAUUCCAGACGAGUUUCAGUCUAUCACUAAAUAAAACAGCAUUUUCUAAGGGUAUUUUUGGAAAACUAAGUUUUAGAUAUUUGGCAUUGUAAAUUAUGCUGAAAAGCCUUUUUGAAGAGAUCAAUUAAGUUAUUACUAUUAUUAUUGUUAUUAUUAUUGCGAGGGUUUUGAAAUCUCGCGCAAUUUUGUUGAAUUUGACGUGUACUGUCUUCAUGGAAAUUUUAUCCGUUCUAGUUUUCUAGUUUUAUCAUUUCUAGUUUUUGUACUUUCAUAUAUUACAAUUUUCUUGUUGCCUAUUGCAAACAUUCCAACUGUAUUUGUUAUUUAAGCAAUAGAAAACGUUUUCCGUGUUUGCACAGCCUGAUAUAAACACGAGAGGGGUUGGGAGAAUUCGAGACAGUUAUGCAAACCCUCGACUUCGUCUCGGGUUUGCAUAACUGUCGAGAAUUCUCCCAACGCCUCGAGUGUUUAUAUCAGGCUAUGCGAACACAGGGAAAAAGUUUUCUAUUGCUUUUAUAAAAUAACUUUCCCGAGAAAAGACGCAAAACUCUUUGUAUGGCACUGACUAAAAGAGAAAUUCUUACCAGUCGCAAAGCCUUGUCCACGAAGUCUUGCACGCGUAAUCAGUUCUUGUUUUGCAAAAAGAUUCUUUCCAAAAUACGGACUUUUCUCGCAGAAAAUGUCAGCUUAAGCGAAAAAAAAUUCACACACCUUUGUAACGAUUUUCCAAGUUUCAGCUGACGAAGGAAUGGGUAAAUAAAGUAAACUUGUCAAGAUUUUAACUCGAAAACGUUUUCAAAUUCGUGCUUGCGUGAUUAGCGCGCGAAAAGCAAAACAUCUUGGCGCCACAACCAUGUUUACAUACUCUCAUGCAAACACUCCUCUCGGCCAAUCAGAGCGCGCGUACUAUCUUAGUUAUUUUAUAAAACUAGAUCUAAAUCCCAUGAUAGGGAUAUGUAAAAUUUAUGCGUAACAGUUUAAAAUUAUAUAAUUAUAAUUUAAUAUCUAGUAACAAGUCAAACUUUUUAUAAAGUCAUUAUAAUUAUAUGAAUCAGUGUUUUUAUAUUCUAAUGCUUGCUAUGUCAAAUAUCGCCAACAAUUCAACAUAUAUAGCAUAAUAUUCUUUGAUGGUUCUGUAUUGUCGAUAGACCAGCAGAGACUGAGUAGACUCGGUAGAAUCUCAUAAAAAGAUUGUUUUCUCUUCGUUUGAUUGUCAAUAUAUUUUUUGCAUUUUUAGGUGAGGUCGUGUGUUAUGAAGCCCUUGAUCCUCGGUUGCUUAGCCAGUCUCUUUUUUAUUUCUUGAGUCUACCCAAUUCUUUCUACUUCUCUUAAAAAAAAUUAAAAUAAAGAAAUAGGCCCUCAUUUUAGCUUGAGUCAGUACAAACGUUUUUGGCCUGAGUAUCGCGCCUUUCUUAGGGGUUAGGACAGAGGAAACUUUAAAGGAUGAAUUAGGGAGGGAGUAAGAGUCGACCCCCCCUCUCCUCCCUCCCCCAGUAAAGGUUAGAACUGUUCUCAAUACGUAUAUCCAGAUAACCUUGUUCACGAGGCUUUCCGUCGACACUUUUUCUAAGUGUACUCAUGAUUAAGAAACGACAAUACGAAAACAAUUAAUUAUCAUUACUCAUAUUAGUUCUAUAUCAAUUGUUCCGGUUUUUACGCACAAGAAAAGAGUCAAAAGAAAGAACUGCCUACAUUCUGCAGGCCCAAGAUAUUGUUGGGCAUGUUUUCAAAUCAUUAGUGUUUACUUAGUACUAACUGUUCUUUCGGGUAUCACAUGAGGUAAAAAUUGUUUCCAAGCUGCAGGCUAUUCAUUUAAUAAGUAUUUAAGAGGGAAUUCUACGCCAUUUAGAAAAUUCUUUAUUAAUAAAGUACAAGAGUAAAAUUAUACAAUUGAAUAGUUAGAAAAAAAUUGGAAAAUUAAUUGAUAUUGUCUAUAUGUUGUACGCUGCUUAGUACGGUAAACUGGUCCAAUUUACGAAUAUUUUGCCCAAUAGACAGUUAGGCCAAAUUUGGUAGGUGUUUAGUGCCAUUAUUCCGGGCCAGAAUUUCUUACACAGGUUCUUAUACAGUAUCAUGCUUGCAAUACAGUAUAUAAAACGCAGAUAUUAUUGUUGACUUUAUAAGUUGUAAAGUAGCCAUAUCCUAAUGUACAAUUAACAUGCAGUGUUAGUGUCAUGUCUUCCAGCUUAUAAUUAAACCUGGACACUCUGGAGAUGGAAAGAAAUGCACUGCAGUUUGUAUGCAACAUCCUUACAGAAUUCCUAUGAUAUUGUCUAUAAUUAUUUUAUACUGUUUAGUACGGAAAGCUGGUUCAGGUUACGAAUACUUUGCCUAAAUAUAGACAGCUAGGCUUAAUUUGGUAGGUGUUUAGCGCCAUUAUUCCGGGCCUGAACUUCUUACACAUUUUCUCAUACAGCUUGCAGUACAGUGUACAAAAAGCAGAUAUUAUUGUUGACUUUAUAAGUUGUAAAGUAGCCAUAUCCUGCCAAAUGUAGAAUUAACACGCAGUGCUAAUGUCAUGUCUUCCAGCUUAUAAGAACUGCGCUGAACUGUACAAAGCUGGAAAGCGAUCAAGUGGAGUUUACAAGAUCGACCCAGACGGUGCUGGUGCCUUUGAUGUGUACUGUGACCAAACAACAUCCGGUGGGAGGUGGACAGUGUUCCAGAAGAGACUGGAUGGCUCGGUUACUUUCUACCGCGGCUGGAACGACUACAAAAAAGGGUUCGGAAAUCUGAAUGGCGAGUUUUGGCUCGGACUGGACAAAAUUCACCGCCUGACAAAAACUAAAAGCAAACUUCGAGUGGAUCUAGAGGACUUCAAUAGAAACACGGCUUAUGACCAGUACAGCUAA